AAAUCCCUGAGCAUGUUGAAAUGUAAUCUGUGUGUGUGUGUGUGCGUGCGUGUGUGUGUGUAACAUAUGCAUUUAGGUCAUCUGCGUUUUGUUCAUGACUAGCUUGCUGUAAACGAUUCAUACAAUGGUGCUCAAUGUAUCAAUGCAAACAGAUGUGUUUAUGUAAAGAAUGCAACACGUGACCUGUUAGGAAGAUCACAGGACAUUGGCUGAAAUCACUCAUACAUGUAGCUGAUGUUCGACCGGGUUGGACACAGCCUUCUGAAGGAGAGAGAAACACAAAUAUUGUGAAUCAGGGUCUGACUUACCAAAACAAUUAGGGAAGAACAAAGGACUGAGAGUGCUGGCUGAAACAUGUAGAUGAUGUUCUACCAGGUCGGACACAGCCUUCUGCAGGAGGACAACCACGAAAAUAAUAAGGAAAGGCCUCUAUUUUACCGAAACAAGUCAGGUAGGUUAUUUUACAUUUUAACAUGUUAUGUUCAGCUAACCAUUUUACUUCUCCUCUUUAUGUUUUCAUUCAGACUUUCUGAGACAAUGCACAAUACUUUGACUGACAUAACAGUAGACAUACGUAUAUCUAAGUGUUUUAUGUAUGUUUAUAUCACUAUAUUGCAUCAGUUUUUUCAAUAUAUGAAAACCUAAAGUGAUGAGUCUUGUAAUCUGCCCUCUCUCAUUUCUCAGUGGGCCCAGAUAUUGUUCCACAAGGAUGAAUGACUCUUCAGGAAACCACACUGACCUUGAAAAAUGGGAUGUUUGCAUAGACCAGGGCUACGUUGUGCCAAAGCUGUCCGGUGCUGUCCAGGCCCUGUGCUCCUUACUCGGGAUACCAGCUCUGGUCUGGUGUCUCUGGCUCUCUCUGAGUGGAAGUCUCUCUGGAGGUCUCAAACCCACCCAGGUCUUCCCUAUUAACCUGUUUGCAGUGGAACUGGUGUUCUGUGUCCAUGGUCUCCUUGAGGUGAUCAGCUACCUAUUCAUCCCGAAGGCUAUAAUGUUACGUCAGACUGUGUAUGUCCUGUAUUACAUCUCCUGGAUCUGCAGGCCCCUGAUCCAGAGCUGCAUCUGUGUGGAGAGAUACCUGGCGGUGGCACAACCUGUGUCUUUCCUCAAGUACAGACUCCGGAGGUACAGGGUGGCGUGUUCAACCAUGGUCUGGCUGCUGUCGCUCGCUUUUGCAUGUUCUAUCAUCUCUUUAUUUGGUUAUGAAGAAACCUCAGGUUAUGUGAUCGGUAGUGUCUAUUGCCUUGGAGUGGCUGUCAUUUCUCUCUGCUGCUUCUUCAUCCUGCGUGUGCUGAAGCAGCCUGGUCCAGGAGAGGUAGAGGGGGGCAGAGAGGGAGAGAAGAAUCAGGGGACAACAGACCCACAUAAGAAGAGAGCUUUUGGGAUCAUCUUAACCAACCUUGUGGUUAUCUUGGCGAGCUCCAUCCCAGUUGUCGUUGGUUACGCCACCCUGUCAUAUAGUCUUGACUACAACUGCAAUGUCAUCCCCAUGUUGCAGAUUGUCAACGUCUUCAGUGUCCUGGUCUCACCCCUGAUGCACCUCUACAGAGAGGGACGGCUGUCAUGCCGUAGAGGGCCAGAGACACAUUAGACUUGCAGUUGCGGGCACUAAAAGCAUGUUUUAUUUUGACCAACUAAUGCUAGGACACGACAGAGCAUUGUGUUAAAUAUGCAUUGAAUUAUAACAUUUCUGUCAGUUCCGCUGCUCAGUCUAACAUCUUAGUUCCUGCAGCCGUUGGUGAAAAAGAAGUAGAUGCGGCGAAGACGUAGAAUCCAUGUCUCUUAUCUCUUAUUUGAUGAAGCUCUUCUUGUUUUAACAGCCCGUUAUCAUUAGAGUUGUUGUUAACUAAAGCUGCAUCACUUGUUUAUCUUUUAUAGUGAAUGUUGGUUUGUUUUAUGAAUUAUUAAUUUGUAUUAAUUAUUAAUGAUACAGUUAGUACGGGGUGGCUUGAUAGUGGAUUAGACCUAUUCAUUUAACAUCAGCAUUAAGUCAUGACUUGUGUUCUUCUUAAUGUUAUGUUCUACUUUCAACUGAGGGUCCUUGUCUCCCACUAAGAUGACAUAAUGAUAUUUAAAUGUACGGGGACUGACUGUGCAUGAGACUUGGCUGAUGGUGUUAUUGUGACUUAACAUUCUAACCCAGACAGUGUACACUCCUAGAAAUACAUUUGGGCUCCAUCUACUCUGGAGAUAAAAUAAAGUGUGGACCCCCCUGAUGUAAACAUUGGCUUUUUGAAUGGCUGAUGCAUUUCAUUUCAAUUUAAAUGUCUAUACAUUACUCAAAUACAGUCUAGUCUAGAUGAGUGUCAUCUUGUUAUGAGAACUUAGCAUACUGUAGAUGCCAAAUCAUAACGCCUGGACAGAAGUAUAGAUGUCCAUUCUUCCCCGAUAAGAACAAGUUGCAGAAGGUACAGUGAAAACUAAUGUCUUGAAAUGCCACAGUAACUUCAGACAAUAAUGUAAUAAUGACAUUGGCCAGUUCUAUUCAUUGACCUGUUUUCAUACUGAGGGUACUAAGAAGGUCCACGGGAUGGCAGGAAGGAGAGAAAGGUUGAAAAAGAGGAGGAAAGGAACCUGAGGAAGAGGAGAGCCUUCUGUAGCGUCCAGAUCAUCCUACAGACCUUGAUACCAUCCUACAAUCGUCGGGGAAAUCCUUCAGGAUCAUAUUUCUUUGAGAUCAUUCAGGUGUAUUCUGACUCCAAUUACUUUCUCGUUCAACAUGUUGGUUAGCUUUACUCAGCCCCUCCUCUACCUCCACAGGACUGGGAAACUGACCUGCCAUCUGGGGUUAAAGAGAAGGAUUACUGCACUGUAGGGGAAUGUUUGUCUUGCAUGUAUCAGGUUAUCAUUCUGUUCUAUUUCCUUUAAUCACAUUUUUCCUGCUAUCUAGAGGUUUUGACAUGUGUAAGAAGUGGUUAAUCAUUCAAAUAAACAGUGUGUGUAGAGAGAGCAGGGCAGAGCGGCUGAUUGGUGCGUCUGUGAAAUGUUGUAUUUGUCGUAUAGCUGUUAAUUCAUGUAAGUGGAAAUUAGGGAGCUACAUUGUGAGAAUUUACUAUCACCUCAUGCUCACAAUUCCAACCGAAUCCUAACUUUUUUGCUUGGUUUGACAAAUUGUAACCCCAAAAAUACAUACUACUAUUGUUACUGCUAUACUAUUGAGUGGUGUUCUCUAUUAAAUUGUAUUGCUGUUUGUUUCAUAAGAAGUGUGGAAUAAAGGAAAUCUGAUUGAUUCAACAGUUCAGGUCCCUGUCUGUCACAUACGAUUACAGCAUCUCAUCAAACAUGUAUCGCCCGUCAGUGAUGAAUGCACCUGUAUUGGCUCAUAGCAGGAUUUUAACAAAACAUAUGCUGAACAAAA